UUGGUCGCCGUGGCGCGGGGGGCGGGGCUCCGCCCGGCGGGGCGCGGCGGCAGCGGCCGGUGACGUGUCCGCCGGUGCCGGCGGCGGUGCCGGUAGCGGCGAUGCGUGGGCGGGCGGCGGCGGGCGCACAUGGCCAGGAUCGGCGUUUCCUGCCUGUCGUGGCGCUCGGUGGGACCGUGCCCGGGGCCGCGGCAGCGCCCUGCUGCGCUGGGGCUCGCUCUCCUCUUGGGGCUGCUGCUGCUGCUGGCGGCCGCCGUGCCCCGCCGCUGGGCCGCGCCGCCCCGCGCCUCCCGGCGGGACGAGAGGUACCUGGCGCGGGCGGAGGAGCUGACGGCCACAGACACCGAGGACUCGUCCCUUAAUUACGGGGUGGUGGUGGACUGCGGGAGCAGCGGCUCCCGGGUGUUCGUCUACUUCUGGCCCCCGCACAACGGGAACCCCCACGACCUGCUGGACAUCAAGCAGAUGAGGGACCGGAGCAGCCGCCCCGUCGUCAAGAAAAUUAAACCCGGCAUCUCCGUGACCGCGGCAGCCCCCGAGCAGGCGACCGCCUACCUGCGGCCUCUGCUGCGGUUCGCGGCAGCGCACGUCCCGCCGAGGAAGCACAAGGAGACGCCGCUCUAUAUCCUGUGCACGGCCGGUAUGCGGCUGCUGCCCGAGCGGCAGCAAGCUGCAAUCCUGGAUGACUUGGUGACAAAUGUGCCCCUGGAGUUUGAUUUCCUCUUCUCCUCAUCACACGCUGAAGUGAUCUCAGGGAAGCAGGAAGGUGUCUAUGCGUGGAUUGGCAUCAACUUUGUCCUGGGACGGUUUGAUCACGAGGAUGAGGAGGACGCAGUGGUCAUGGUAGAGCUGGGGGACCAGGGGAAGUCCCUGGUUCGGAAACGAACAGUUGGGAUCCUAGACAUGGGAGGCGCCUCCCUGCAGAUUGCCUAUGAAGUGCCCGACUCUGGAGCCAUCUCCUCCCCACAGCAGCAGGAGGAGGCUGCUAAGAGCUUGCUGGCAGAAUUCAACCUGGGCUGUGAUGUGCAGCACGCUGGCCACAUGUACCGUGUCUACGUCAACACUUUCCUGGGCUUUGGGGGCAAUUUUGCCCGGCAGCGCUAUGAGGAACAUGUUCUGAACCAAACCUAUGCGCACAACCGCCUGCACAGCCAGCAGACAGGGCUGAGCCCCAAGAUGCCCUUCUUGGACCCGUGCCUGCCUGUAGGGUUGGAGGACACGGUGGUGAGGGGUGGCCAAACCCUGUACAUGAGGGGACGAGGGGACUGGCAGGCCUGUGCAAAGCUGCUGCAGCCCCUCCUGGCGGGGUCCAAUGGCAGCCAUGCCUCCCUGGUGGAGACCUACAAAGCACCCAUCGACUUCAGCAACAGUGAAUUUUAUGGCUUCUCAGAGUUUUUCUACUGCACGGAGGACGUGCUGCGCCUGGGGGGCCAAUACAGUGCCCCCACCUUCACCUCUGCUGCCCAGGAGUACUGCAGCCAGCGAUGGGAGGUGCUGACCCAGCGUUUCCGCGGUGGCCUCUACUCAGCACAUGCUGACCAGCACCGGCUGAAGUAUCAGUGCUUCAAAUCAGCCUGGAUGUACCAAGUCCUUCAUGAAGGCUUCCAGUUCCCACUGGACUACCCCAGCCUGCGCACAGCCCAGCUGGUGUAUGACCGGGAGGUGCAGUGGACACUGGGAGCCAUCCUCUACAAGACGCGAUUUCUGCCACUCAGGGAUCUCCGUCAGGAGAGCAUCCGGCAAGCACACGCCUCCUGGCUGCGCCUCUCUUUUGUCUACAACCACUAUCUCUUUUUUGCCUGCAUCCUGGUCGUGGCGCUGGCCAUCGUCCUCUACCUCCUGCGGCUGCGCCGUAUCCACCGCCGGCAGCUGCGCUCAGCCCAGCACACCCUGCUCUGGCUGGACAAGGUGGUGGUGCCACUGGGCCAGGGAAGCGUGCCGUGAUGCCAGUGGUACCCAGCAGCCAGUUGCACCAGCAGAACUAGGAGUGGCUGUCAGCCUGGGCUCUGAGAGCUUGGACUCUCUUAAAGACCAUCUCAAUGUGUGCAGUCCAUCAUCUCUGCAUCAGAACCAGUCUGCGGGCUGAGGCAGCCAUGGACACGAGAGCUUUCCUCUCCACCUUGCCCCAGUCCUAAUCUUUGUGUUCCUUGGCCUCUGGCCUUUGCCUCACUACAUGGUGUAGAGCAAAGUCCUCUGCUACCAGCAGGCUCAAGGCUGCAGCCCUGGCAGAUCCCUCAGAUAACAGGGCACUAUCACCAAGGCAGCCAACCCAGGGCUCUGGCCUGGAAGCACUGAGCCGCUCCAUGACUCAGCCACCACUUUGCAGAGCAACCUGAAGAGGUGCUGUGGUUCACCACCUGGGGUUGACUUCUGCAGGCCCUGACAAGCCUGGGGCUGGGAGAACGGCAGGCACCAGCUAAGUUACUGCAGGAACAAGAUAAAUCACAAGUUCCACCAGGCUGCUCUGCCAGCCUUGCCCCUCUCGGGAAUAUUCCUGAAGGGGUGUCCUACUCUUUGCUAUGUCUUCCCUCCGAGGACAAUCCUACAGCCCUACCCAAUAUUCCAGAUUGAGCCCUGAGGGCUCACUGAUUGAUUCUUGAGUCACCACUCAAAUGGGCUGUCUUUCAUACAUUCCCUCCUGGGCACAGCUGCCCUGUGGUGUUUCAGGCACCAGUGUCAGGAGCUGUGGUUCUUUCCUCCAUGAGUGCAGGCUGGGCCUGUCCCUGAGAGAGCCACCUCAGUCCUGCCCAGCUCACAGCCCCAGGACAGAUCAGGGCUGCAGCUGUGCACACAGGCACAAACCUCUGGGGCUGGAGCCCCACUGAAGAUCCGAUGAAGUUUGUCACUUUUAUUGAACUCAGCUGUUCCCAUUCCGGUAGCAAUAAACAAACCCUUUGAGCCAUCCA